AUGUCAAUCCAAACAGAUAAUUUCUUAGGAAAUUUUGGGUUUAAUUUUGAUUUUGAUGCCUGUAUCAAUGUACGCAGUAGCAAAGAAGGAAAUGAUAUUGACGAGCCAGUGCUGGCACAUCAGCUAGUUCUCUCAUCGGCAUCGGCACGGUUUCGGAAUCUGCUCGCUGCUGAACAACAACACCACGAGUCCCCUAUAGCAAAGAUAGAUAUCGAUUUGCGAGAAAUACCAAACUCUAUCAAUGCAUUCAAAGCUAUGCUUAGUGGUCUGUAUACGGGAGAAUUGAACUUCAGCUUAGCAGAUCAGUCUGAGAUUCUUGCUGUAGCAAGGCAUUGUGAAGUGCCAACAAUCGAAAGUAAACUCUUGGCAAGCAGCCAGGAACCUGCUCCUUUUGCAGCACUUCUACCAAACAAGUUCCCGGCCAUGGCACUCAACCCAGCUUGGCAAACAUAUUUCCACACUCUUCUGGCUCUGUAUAUGCAACCCGGCCUACUGGCAUCAUUUGGCGGAUCACUGUUGCCUUGUCAGACGGCGUCGCUUCAACCGUCAACUCCUCCAGCAGAUGACAACAGAGCGUCGGCAAACGAGUCAUCAUCACCACGAACCACGCCUACUGCUUACAACGAAAAGAUCGUGCCGAAUGACGACAAAGAAGGCUGGUGCCGCAAUAAAAAAUACAUCGAAAAGGUGGACAACGGAUUUAUGUGUACCGUAUGUCGCAAAGUGUACGGUAGAUAUAAUUCAGUGUCUUAUCAUGUCACCAUAUACCAUCGAAAUCCCCCGAUCAGAUGUGACGAGUCCGGAUGCCAAUUUUCAACACGAGAAGCACGAUAUAUACACUUUCAUAAGUACUACAGGCAUCAUAUACCACUCCCGGACAGUAUUGACCUGGGAUCGCGUAAAUGUCCAUUCUGCCGCCACGUGUCAAAAAGUCCAGCAAUGUUGGAAAAGCACAUUUCACGGCAUGUACCAGAGAAGAAGAUGAAAGCAGAACAAGAAAGUUUCGGCUGUGAUCAAUGCAUGUACAGGGGCAAAACCGACACGUUACUCCAACGUCACAAGCAGUUCGCCCACUCAUCCGAAGUGUUCCCGCAAAGAAUACGCUGUUCGCUGUGCCCGUUUGCGUCGGCUUCACAACAUGCGCUGAUUCUUCAUAUCGCUUCGUCACAUUCGCCUUCAGAAUCGCUGCCAACGACGAUGGUGGAGAGCAUCGCGCCGCAAAUUACCGAGCAAAUAGCACCAAAAAGGGAGGUUUAAGCGAAGCUUGGAUAGUCACCUAUUGCCAUAUCCCUUCAUAAACCAAAAAAGUAAAUAAAUCUAGUGCAUCAAGCAUAGUCCAGAAAGAUACCAAAUUUGGCUUAGCAUCCAUUUACUAGUGCAGGUAGUCAGUUCAACAAGUUUUGUGAAGCUAUUGCUAUCAUUUUGUGCCAUUUUCUUCCAAAAAUUGCUUCUCAAUGAUACUUCUCUGUGA